AUGCAUAUUGAGAACAAGCUCGCCAAGAACAGAAGAACAGAUCCACUUCUCAGUCAACACAGAACAACCAACAAGUAUGGAGUCUACAAGCUUGAAAUCCCAAACGUCGAAGCAAUCGACUGUGUCGAUGAUGGCUCAUCUAUUAAAUCAAUGUGUCAAGCCAGUUUGAUCAAGUCCCCAGCUUCAACCUGCACAGCCUUCCUGGUCUCAGAACCACAGGAGACCAAAUCUCAGGGAAAUCUAGGCAGCAGAAUCUCUGCAUCUAGAACUUCAGUACCAUGA